AUGGCCGAUCCCCCGUCGCCCUCAUCAUCCCCGGGUAUCCCCCGCAAUUUACCCACUGCUACGCUCCGCCGCCGCGGUCUCCCCGCGCGAACCACACUCGAGUCCAUUCCGGACUGGCCUGAGCGCCGCAACUCCACGCUCUCGGACUCUUUAUCUGAGGCUCGAAACUCCAUCCGCUCCUCGACAGAUGGUAUAUUCUUACCACGGGUAGAUAGGAAUGAUGAUGACCCCAUCGCAACAGAAGAGUCUCAUUGGCAUUCUGCACCACUAGCCUUGGCAUUACUUCCAGCCAUUGCAGGGAUCUUGGUUAAGGAUGGAAGUGCAGUCGUGACAGAUGUCACUCUUUUGGCUUUAGCAGCGAUUUUUCUCAAUUGGUCAGUUCGACUACCAUGGGAUUGGUAUCGUUCAGCGCAGGCAACUCACCCGGAGCAACUUUCGGGAUAUGAGACUACCAAUGGUCCGGCCGACCCAGAUGGUGAAGCCGAUGCAGCAGUAGAGUCGGGCGACGAAACUCGCCAACGUCCACAACCUUCACGUACGCCCCACGAUGCUGCCAUCAAAGAAUUACAGAUGCACGAGGUAGCAGCCCUCGCUUCAUGUUUUCUAUUUCCUCUCAUUGGAACCUGGAUCCUCCACGUCAUCAGACAUAGUCUCUCACGGCCAUCAGAAGGCCUAGUCUCUAACUAUAACCUCACCAUCUUCCUCCUUGCAUCCGAGAUCCGACCCUUCGCGCAUCUCCUCAAACUAGUCCAAGCCCGAACCCUCCACCUUCAACGCGUGGUCGUAUCAAAUCCUGAUGAAGACCGCCUCAACACAAGCAAGAUCGAAGACCUUUCAAAGCGUCUAGAAGAACUAGAGACUCACAUCGCCGAAGCGGCAGCUGCCCGCUUGGCAAAAUCCCAAUCCAAAUCGGACCCAAGUUCACCUCAUGAACAAAAUGAUACCUCAGCACUCAUUGCACAAUCGGUCGCCGAAGCUCGCAAAGCCCUUCAGCCCGAAAUCGAAGCUUUGAACCGUGCCGUCCGCCACUAUGAGAAACGUACCGCCCUAACAACCCUCCAAUCUGACACUCGUUUCCAACAACUAGAAUCACAGUCUCGCGAUGCGAUAGCUCUUGCAGCUGCGGCUCAACGCUCAAGUCUUGCUCGGCGCUCAAGUUAUGCCUUCAUACUAACAGACUGGCUCUGCGCUUGCAUCGUUAUACCCACUCAAUUAGCACUCUCAAUCCUGACUUUACCCAACCGAGUUGCAACCCGCUGUUUGAAUUCCGCAAGAAGGAUGCUGGGAUUCAGUGUUCAGAACAACCGAGCCCGCUCUACGGCUCAGUCUCGCUCCAAAUCGAGUAAAGGGAAGAUGGUGCAGAGAUCGGGCUCUAAGUUUCGGGCACAGUCACCGUCAGACUCCAAGGCUUCGUUCUCACAGCAACAGCAGCAGUCUUUGACGGCUGCUAGGGGUGUUGCAACUCGGUAG